AAACAAGAAGAUGCGGAAUCAGGCAUCGUGUUCUUGUUGCGGUCAAGAUAACAUUUAUAGCAGGUGUGGGUUGUGUGGUCAGCAAAAUUAAUCAAAUAAACCACAAUAUAUGAAAUGUAAAGAUACAGCGGUGUAAAAACCCGACUGAACUCAAGCCGGAUCCCUCUGCGUGUAGUGAAGCUCCUCGUUUCCGUUAAACCAAGGAUAGUGAUGGUGUUGGAGGAGGAUGGAGCCUUCAGCCAAUCAGAGCGAGACUUCCCCUCAGCAGUGGGCGGGACAAAACAGCUGGUCCUCAGUUUCUCCUAUUCAACCCCAUCACAAUCCAAUUUCUACUUUUCAGCAUCUCACCCUGACCUCCCCCCAUCACCCAGAGUCAUCCCUAAACCAUUCUCACUCAAAUAACACAAAUUGGCCUAGUCCUUGCUAUGAUUCUUCAGUCUAUCCCGGGAAACCUCCUUGUUCGCUUCCUGUUGUUUCCAAUGGGACUCUGCAGCUACAAUCUCCACCUCUCUACCCUGCUCAAAUCAACCCCCAGUCAAUCUGUGCCCCUGUUCAGCAGCACCUCUCAGAUCAGAGGUUAUUAAAUGGGCCCCAGUCUCCUCUUCAAAAUAGUUCUUCCAAUGACCUUUACUCGUUUGACUAUAAUACAAGUCUAAAUCAGCUGUACAGUCCUUUGCAGCCAGCUAAUGCGGAGGCUGCUGGGUAUAUUCAAAAUUAUACAUCGCCAAUAUCUCCAGUUCAACAGCAGCCUCAGUGGACUGCUUCAACUCCAGGAGCUGUAAAACGCUUUGUUCCUGAUGCAGUUGGACAAUCUCCAAACUCUGAGUCUCGUUAUGGACUUGACCCUGAGUCUCUUCCCAGUGCUGUAAAAGUAAUGGCAGAGGACCAGGCCCAAUGGGAGGGGAAAGUGUAUGUCUCCGAGCCUCCUUCUCGUCUUCCUCCUUUGCCCACUACGUCCUGUACCAUAGAAGACAAAGGUAGUGCGAGUCCGUUUGCCAUCCGGGCCACUUCAUACUGCUUUCCCUGUGAUGCUCAGACCACUCAACUCAGCCAUUUACCACUAGGGACGCUCAUCUCCCCUUUGGCCGGAGUCAACUUUGGCCAGAGCCCCCUGCCAGACUGCACAGAGUCAGAAUGUAUUGCAGGUUGCAGUUUUUGUGGUGCCUUUAUGUGUCCUGCUAUGGGCUGGCAGGACUGUGGUCAGAGAUACUCCUGCCCAUUCUGUGGAAAAGUCAGUGAAGUGGCAUGGCAGUUUUACCAGCCAACCAAAGGAGCUGAAGGUGUUCGAGUGGACAAGGAGAAAAGACCUGAACUUUGUAUGGGGUCAUAUGAGGUCAUCCACUCUCAAAAGAGUGAAGCUGCUGCACUAUUACUGGCCCUAGAUGUGUCUGUCCAAGCACUGAGAGGAGGUCAUUUAGAGUUCAUAACACAUCAAAUACGCACUCUGCUGGCCUCUUUGAAUGGAGAGGAUGAAGACACUUUGGCACAUGUUCGUGUGGGUUUGAUGACUUAUGACAACAGAGUUCACCUGUAUGACCUGAGCCCCGCCCUGUCCCGCCCACACAUGCUCGUCAUCACUGAGACUGACGACCUUCAAAUGCCCAUAUCCGGUGGACUCCUGGUUCCUCUGAAAGACUCCAUAGACAGUGUUAACAGUGUAUUACAACUUAUUCCUCAGUUCAGCCCAGAACAAAAUGACGCUGGUGGAGUUCCCAUAGAGCUGCCAGUCAAAGCAGCAUUAGCCAUAUUCCAGGCUUUGAAUUGUCCUGGAAAGUUACUGAUCUUUCACGCCGCCCCUUUAAUUGAGAUGGGAACUACGCAAACAUCUUCAGGUUUUUUUGGCUCCAAUAAACCAAAGUCCAUCUUCCAGCCAUCAGAAGGAGCCGUCUCAUUGGUCAGAGAAUGUGUCCGUCAGGGCUGUAGCGUUCACUUGUUUCACCUGUCACAAGAGCUGGUGGGCGGAGCUUGGCCUGGACACAUUCCUUAUUUAACAGGGGGAGCUCUGAACACCUACAACCACCUUCAGGGUGAAAUGGAUAAAGAGCGUUUUUCUGCUGAUCUGAAGAGAACUUUUGCCAUGAUGAACACAGGCUUCAGGGCUGAACUCAAAAUAUGUGUUUCUAAAGAUAUGCGUGUUUUGGGUUGUUAUGGGCUCUUCCUACCUGGUCCUAACCCCUCAUCUGUUCCCAUGGCGAGUGUUGAUUGGUGGACGACGUUAGCUCUGGAACUGGAACAUGUUAGAAACUUGGAUGAAACGAAAGGAGUAGCAAUACAAACCGCUCUAUCUUACACCACAUGGACAGGAGAGAGGAGAACCAGGGUUCACACAGUCAUAUUAAAAUGCUCACGCCACCUACAGGAUGCUUUUAGACAUUACCAGGCCCAAACACUACUCACUUUUUACAGCAAGAAAAUGUAUUGUGCAGUGCUGGAGCGCCCCCUGCAGGAGCUGAGAGAGGAACUGCAGACACAGAUCACAGAAGCCUUGGCGUGUUACAGAAAACAUUGCUGUUCUGCCUCAGUUUCUGCUGGACAGCUGGUGCUCCCUCAGUACCUGCGGGCUUUACCUGUCUACAUCAACAGUCUGAGGAAGAGUGAGGUGCUUCUGCCUGGCCUCAGGAGCUCUGUGCCCCACAGACUGCAGCAAAGAUGUCAAGUCCUCAACAUGGACCCCACCAGCACUGCCAUCCACUUCUACCCUCAGCUCCUGCCUCUGCCACUAACAGUUGAUGGCUCAACCCCUCCUCACCUGGAAAAAGCCGUGCGAUGCUGCUCUGCCAGUCUUGAAUCUGAGGGUCUCUAUUUGGUGAACUCCCCUCUCACCCUCUUACUCUGGGUGGGGCGCCAGGUACCAACAGGCGUUUUAAUGGAGCUCUUCAACACCAGCUGCUUCUCCUCGCUGCCCUCCGGAGAGACAAAGCUUCCUGUUUUUGAAAGCCCCCUCUCUUCUUAUGUACGGUCCUUCAUCAGCUCAUUGAACUCUCACUUUCCCACAGCUCGAAAGCUGUGGGUGGUGAAGCAAGGUGACAGUUGUGAAGAGGCUCUACAGCGUCACCUAGUGGAGGAUAAGAGUCCCAACGGAGGAGCGUCCUAUGCAGAUUUUCUCUACCAUCUCCAUGUCAACUCGGUCCGAUUGCUGCAGUGACUUUAAACCAUUUGACUGUCGUCCAGGUCAAAGCCAACUUGAUGUGGGAUGAAUGAACGGAAGAAG